GGGGCUGUUCAGGGGGCAGCUGUGGCAGGGCAGGAGCGUGCAAGACUUUAGGCGUGGUAGUGGUGGACGUUAUGCCAGGAGCCAGCUGUGCAAAGUGUGGGGGAGCUGGAUAUUUUCCAUCCCUGUGGUUUCUGUUGAUCCAGGAGCGUGCUGUGUGUGUGCAUAGGAAUGGCUGGCCGGAGUCAGGAGCAGAGUCUGAGGGAAGAGCUGACCUGUGCCAUCUGCUAUGAGCUUUUCAGUGAUCCUGUCAUGCUGGAAUGCAUGCACCAUUUCUGCAGGGCAUGCAUCCAAGGCUACUGGGGCAGAUGCCCCCGUGUGGCUUCCUGCCCCCAGUGCCGAAGGGAGUUCUCCAGCCGCACCUUUCGCCCCCACUAUCUGGUAUCUGGGGUGGUGGAGAAGGUGCGGAAGUGCAGCUCAGAGGACCACAAAAGAAAAAUGCAGAAACAUCUUGAAAAUGCGCUGCGAGCUCACCAGAGAGAGAUGGAUAACUUUGUGCAAAUGAAGCACACAGCAGAGGAGGAUAUUUGCAGUCUGACGAAAGUCUCUGGGGAGCUGAACUCUAAGAUUCGGGCAGAAUUUGAGCGACUUCAUCAAAUCCUGGAGGAAAAGGAGAGAGUUGUGUUAAUGGAGCUGGCCAAAGAGGAGGAGCAGUUAUUGUUGAAGCUGCGUGGGGACAUCAUGCAGCUGGAGGAGGGGAUCUCAGAGCUGGGAAAGAACAUGGAGCACAUACAGGAAAUCCUGACCAAGACGGGAGACUCGUUACUGCUGGAGGUGGAGAGCGUGGCUAUCAGGCCCCCGGUGCAUGUGGAGGCACAGCCCGCCCUGGACAUAGAGCGCCACAGAGACCAGUACAGCGGCCCCCUGCAAUACAUCUUUUGGAGACAAAUGCUCCAGUCAAUCCACCCUGCUCCUGCCCCGCUGACAUUUGACCCCGAAUCAGCCCACCCUAACCUCAUCCUCUCCAAAGACCUGACGGCAGUGACUGAGAGCAACAGGCGCCAGCCUGUCGGCAGCAGCCCCAGGCGUUUCCAGCAGUGUGUGAACGUCCUGGGCUCCGAGACCUUUGACAGCGGGAGCCACUACUGGGAGGUCUGGGUGGGCAGCAAGACCAAGUGGGACCUGGGGGUGGCAGCGGAGUCCGUGGACCGGGCAGCCAAAGUCAAGCUGUGCCCUGGGAAUGGUUACUGGGCCCUUCGUCUGAGGAACGGGACAGAGUAUUGGGCCACUGCCACCCCGUGGGUGCGCCUUGCCCCGAGGAGCUGUCUCCGGAAGGUGGGGGUCCUUCUGAACUGCAAAGAGGGGAAGGUGGCGUUCUACAACGCCGAAGACAUGAGCCACCUCUUCACCUUCCACCAGGCUGCCGCACGCAGGUUCUGCCCCUUCUUCAGCACUUGCUUCAGCGACGGCAAGCUCAACGUGGAGCCCAUGAGAAUCUGCCACCUGACUCUGUAAGGGGCGGGGGGGGCAGGCAGCCUCCCAGGAAGCCAUGCAGAUACCAAAGAGACAACACAGGGCUCUGGGAGCCAGUGUUGCUUUCUGGCUUGGCUGUAGUUGCUGCUGCUUGGACUGUCCCUGGAAUAGGAAUCGCCUGCUAGAACAACUCAAUUGGCUCCCCCCUGCACUAGCGCCUGGCCAUUUACUGUUUGAGCGAAUGUAGCAAAGGUGUGUGGACUCUGGUCAGUCUAACCUGUAAAUCCCAAGCCUCUAGGGCAGAAUCAAGGAGAGUCUCUCCAUUUGUGGCUUUACCCUGUGGGGAGAGAAGAAGUGACUGAAUCUUAGUUCCCAGUAUUUUGUCUUCUGUUCCCUGCCUUGGCUCAGGGGCGAGGGGGUCCUGGACUCGCAGCUCAGCUUGAGCCAUAGCAUAUUGUGCACUGAGGUUUCUCCAGCCUUCCUCCAGCAAAGAGGUGAUUCAUCUCACUGCUUUAUGGGCCUCAGACCAGCCUCGUGCAGCAUCCAGUGACACUGAGGUGAACACAGCCUCCUCUCAGCAGCCGCUUUGGUACAGACUGAGAGAAGAUUCAAAGGAAACUAGGCAACCUAAGUGAACAAGCAGGAAUUGCACAAUGGAAGCAAUGAUUUGGAUUCUGUAUUAGUUGUAAUCACUCAGGAAAAGGCCAUGAGACUCGUUAGGGACUACUCAAACAGCUGGCUUCAAAGGGCUCCCGCCUUUCUGGGACUAGAACAAGCAGGUAGAAGUCAGGUGGUAAAUUCUAGGGAGCUCCUGGUCAGUGGGUAGGCACCUGUUGCAUGGUGGGAAUUGCAUCUUCAUGACACAGUGGACAGUGCUGGCUGUGAGUGGAACAAGCAUGGGGGCAGGGGAUGGAUCUUCAGUGACUUACUGAGAUUUUGCUUCUCUUACUCUAUGAAUUUGAUCUGUGAAGUGGACACUGCUUAUCCUAGUGGGAAGCAUUUAGGUGCCAGCUUGUUGGGGUGUUACAAGCCCUGAGGAGUCAAUGGAGAGGAAGGAGAGCUGUAGCCUUACUGACCUUCUCUGCCACCCCCCUACUUUCUCUGCACAAACGGUGUGGCCUUUAACAGCCAUGUACUUCUGCCACUAGAGACAAGGUGGGGGGCUCAGUCCUCCCUUUCCUGCCCGUGAGCAGAGGACUGUCCCACUCCGUGCUGGGAGUGUAACCAGGCAGUCUCAGGGACUCUCUAGACAGCAGGGUAGAGAGUCUGGAACCUCCUGAAUGCAAAACUCUUGGGAGGAGGAAGGCAAUUCAGGGGCCAAGGGGCGUCUGCUAUUAUUACACAUCGAACUCGCCUUCCCAUGUCAUCAGGCUGAGCGGUGUGUGUUUGGGUCUCGGAUUGCUCGGCACUACAGCCACUGUCUUUCCCUGCACCCCUAGCGGAGAGGGGAGUUGAGGCGAUGUGGAAGCAUCUCUUGUGACCACUGCCGCUCUCGGUGGUUGCCUCCCCCUCACGCCUCCUGGCAGAAGUCAAGUCUUCUCCAGUGCUGCUCCGGAGACUAUUGGGGGAGGCAGGUUUCUGAUCUGUUUAGAUUGUAAGCUCUUUGGAGCAGGAGCAGUCUUUUUGUUCUCUGUGUGUACAGCCCCCAGCACCUGCAGCUCUCACUGAAGUCAGUCAGAGGUGAGACCGCAGCAGCUCCCAGGGGGCACUCAGCGCCUAGCAGUAUGGAGCUCUGUGGCUGCUGGCAGAGAGGUUUGUUUGGGGGGUUUAGGGAGACAGAGCUGCCCUAGCGCCGCAGUGUUGGUGCUGCAAGUCAGGUGCACUGGCAGUGAUGGGGGGUGGGUGGGGAGGGGCUGGGGCUUGAGUAGCAGGAGUGCUGAAGAUCAGACUUGGGAUACGUUGGCACAGAUGGAGGAGGGACCCGAGGGCUGGAGUAGCAGGGGUGCUGGAGGUGAAGGUUGGCAUGCAUUGGCAGAGCUGCGUGAGAACUUUCAUGGUGCCAGCUUGCACUGUGCCGUGUGAUCAUCUAUUCAAUGCUGGGAUCUUAAAAUUCAUGUAAUCUUAAAAUCUCCUGCUACACAAUCCUCAGCAGGAAUGUCUUCGUUCUGCAGCCAGCACUUCUGAUCCCCAGCCCGUGCUCCACUCUCACAUCAGUGCUUGAGCACUCGGUAAACUGGCCUUUCAUCUAGUGCUGAUGCUUGAAGAAUUUCUUAAUCCCAGCUGUGGAAUUUCCUUCCCUUGAAGUUUGUUUCCUCAGAGGAUACGAGGGAGGGGUUCCUGCUCCUGCUCCCUGCAUGCCAGCAGAGGGCACUGUCCACUAAGUGAAUGUAAUGAACAGCUCCAUGCUGACAGGCUAUUAUAGCUGCAGGUGAUUAUAUACUGUACUCUUAGCUGCUGUGCUGCUAUUAAAGCUUUUUAGGAAGACAGCUGCAUGCUGCCUUAGUCUUA